AUCAUCAGUGUGAUAUAAUGUACGAUUUGUAACUCUCUCUGUUUUGUUUGCUUGGUCUGCCUGCCCCUGCUAGCUGGACACUUUCACACUUUUUCAGACACAUUGACAGUGUCAAUGUCGAUACGUGUACGACAACGACGACGAUACUUUCCACAUGUGUCGUCAGGGAAUUCUGGAAGUCUGAACUGAACUGAAGUGCCGCAAGAAGUGCAAGGAAAGUUUGGAAGCGAAAGUGACUUCUGAAUGGGGAUUUAUAUCCGGAAGCCGCAGUAAUUUUUGUACUCUAUAUUUUAUAAACUAUCCAAAACAUAAUCCAUUGCCUAACUGGUCUAGACUCUAACAAUGUAUUCACACAAUAAAUUACUGCUUCAAACACGAUGUACCGGCAUAUUUUGCGGCUGAACUGUCAGGACUGUGGCUAUCAUCUGAGCUCAGGGAAGAUGAUUUUGUUUAUUUUGUCUAGAUAAAUGCUUUCUCAGAACACAAGUUUUCGUCAGAUUGGGCCAUGGAGUACAACAACAACAUGUCUACUGUGAGCAAAGGAGCUAUAGGUCAGUCUAGUCAAAUUCAUCUCGCUGGUAGUUAUGGCGGUUUUAGUCGGGGUCGGAGGAAAUCGGUGGCUGUGGCAGUACUUCAAGAAGAGGAUGAAGAAAGAGUUCUUCAAGAAACCCUGAAAGUCGCCGUUUCGGAAAUGAAACAUUCCAAAUCAGGGGUCUCUGAAUCAGAUGGAAACUUCUUCGAGAAUUUCUCCGCUUUGCCAAAAAAACAACAGAGUUUACAGUUCAGGAAGAAUGCUGGCAGUUCGAAGGAGAAUGAGCAAUCGGAUGAAGACAUCUUGAACAACAGACUUGAUCAUCCCUGUAAAGACUUGCCACAUCCAACUAAAAAAGAGAUUCUUGAUUUGUAUCGGGUUCUGGUGUCUGUUGUUUAUUUUCGUCUUGGGUCUGUGGAUCAGCCCUUCCCAGCGGAGCAAGAACUGUACAGCUACCUCCAUGAGAUGUUCAACUCACAUGUGUCCAUCAAUGAACAUAACAGCAUGGUGUUAACAGUCAGCAAAGAGACACAUCCUGAUAACAUUCUUCUUGUUACGAUCAUUGAAGCAAGCCAUCUGGUUGGGAAAGACAUCAAUGGGUUGAGUGAUCCAUUCUGUGUGAUGGGAAUCCUACCUAACGGCGACUCAAAGAAGCCCUUUGUCACUGCUCCCAAAACACCUAAUGUCAAAUGUCCACCUCAUCACAGUAAAGACAAAGAUAAACAUCAACACCAUAGCGCUCAGGAUCUACAGUCAACCACCAUCAUUAAGGAACAGCUUAACCCAAAGUGGAAUGAGAACUUCAGAUUUCAUCUAGAUUGUGCUAAAGCAAACGGAUGGUUCCAUUUAGAUGUUUGGGACCAUGAUGAGGAAACUUCAGUCUUGGAGGUGGUGAAGAAGUCUGGUGAAGUGCAAGGUAUCAAGGGAGUCAAGAGAUUAUUGAAGGAAGUGAUUCAGUCUACACGGCUCGGUGGCAGUAACCCGGAUGAUUUCAUAGGAUGCGUCAAUAUCAAACUGGAUACCAUUCCUAGUUGGGGUUUGAGCGGGAUGUACCCAUUGGUCAGAAAGUCACACCGCACCAAGGCUUGUGGAGAGAUUACGCUCAAACUCAAGAUGUCUUUACAGAGAGCUAAUCAGUCCUAUCAGGUCUUGAGUCCACAGACGGUUCACCGUGUCUUAUGGCUUCACAUUGUACAUCAUGAGGUAGCCAGACUAGAUCAGCUGGGUGCGUGGGACGGUGAGUUACCGUCCAAAGCAAUGACGAUUCUACAGCAGCACGCCGUGCAGUACGAGAUAUCAGCCUUGCAUCAAUCACUAUGCCGAUGGUUAGCCUACAGUCAAGAAUGCACCAUGUGUGUGAUAGACUUUAAAUCCUUCUUUACAUAUGGAGAGACGCUACGACAAUCCUGGACCCCUUAUGCAUUGUCAGCAGAUGAGGAGCAGUAUCUACAGAAGUCUUUCCAGAGCUUCAUCACAUAUGGCAUAAAUAUGCUGAAAAGACAACAAGAUAUGUUCCCACCAACCAACAAACCAGCAAUAAGGAGGCUCCAGUAUCUUCUACUAUGUCUGGCUCAAAUUAACGACAUGGAAUUUGCUGAGCGCAACGCUCUGUUUCAGCCGAGUUGCCAAGGUGUCAUCAUUGAUGCAAUCAAGGAGGACAUCUGUAACUGGUAUAAGAAGAAGCAUGAUGAGAUAGUCAGUCAAGACGAUGGCACUGAGACCAUCACGACACUGACCAGUCUGACUAACGCUAUCAACACUCAAGCACAACGCCUUCUCAACUUUGUCCAUAAGACGUAUCAAUCUGUGCUGGAGAUCCAAUACUUUGACAUUGUGUAUCAAGAAUUGGCUAGAAUACUGAUGGAUGAUGUCGCCAAGUGUUUGUCAAGUUCCAUCCAUUCUAAUCAUUCAUUGGAUGAUGUCGAAGGAGAGGAGUACAGUCAGAGGAGUACAGCCCUCUUCAUGCUCUACCUCGCUCUUCGAGAUUUCGUUGCCUUCUCGGAGCAUCUUAGUGAAAGAGACCAGGUCAAUCUGGAGGUCAAGGGUUACCAUAAGUUCUUCAAACGAGCCGUGGAGAAAUGGCUGACUGUGGCUAGAGUCCGAGCUCAGGAGAGAAUCAAGAAAGCCGUGGAGUUGGAUCAGGUUGCUUUGGUGGACACAAUGGUGAAGCAUAGCACCUCGGCUGUUGAUGUGGCAACAUGUUUUGCUCAGAUUCGUCACUUUUGGCAACAGUUGGAUUGGCCUGACACUGUAGGAAGCUACGUCUUCGUUGCCAAAGUAACAGAUGAUAUUUGUCACGGUGCAGUGAACUAUGCCAACAUCAUUCAUGAGAAGCUACGACAGAAUGGUUACUAUGACGACGAAGGACAAUUUGACAUUACAGAUCAGUUGUGUAUCGCCAUCAACAACAUCGAGCAGGUCCGUCGCUCCCUGGCCUUGAUGCCCGAAUCCCUCGGAUGGCAACGCAUCCAGCUAGCCAUGGAGAAGGAGUAUGGGGAUACGGCGGGUGAACAGUGUCAAGAUACACUGCAGACGAUGAUGGGUAGCGCUGAUGAGGAUAUGGUGAAUGUGAUUGAUCACGUGGUGCAGCAUGUAGGAGAGAGAAUGAGGCCUGACUUCAGACGUUUCCUCAGAUCCCUGCUCAAUGCUAAGAUACAACUUCAAAUUGAUGACGCCAUUGAUCCACUGAUGGAAUACCUUGACACCAAUAUUAUCACACUACAUAAAUGCCUCCUUAGGACCAACUUUGACAGAAUUCUACGAGAUAUUUGGAUUGUUUUAGUCAAUGAGCUGAAUUCAGUCAUCAAAGAUAAUAACAAAAUUAUCACCAGCAAACCAUUGUUGUUCUGCAGGAUACAGGAAACACUGGAGAUUUUGGCACAUCUGUUUCAUGCUGAUGGCAAGGGCAUUCCACUGGCAACGGUCCGCAACGCUACAUUUAACCAACUCAAGACGUUUGUUGAGAGCAACGUGGCUGAUACGUUUGAAGUCAUUGAGGAAUUUUAUGCGCAAAAAAUACAAGUGGUUAAUGAGUCAAUUGAGAGAAAGGCCGAGGCUGAGUUUGGUACUCUUGCUGUCAAAUGUUACUACAAUGACAUCACAAAUAGACUUUGUGUUCUGCUCAUCAAUGGUAGCAACAUUACACCUAAGGAUAAAUCAGGAACCAGUGACCCGUAUGUCAUCCUCAGAUUAGAACCAUCGUUUGUCUUUCCAAAGACCCCAUCUCAAAAGAGUAGCAUCGUCAAGGCAACCCUGCAUCCAUUGUUCGAUGAAAAGUUUGAGUUCCCAGUGACGAGAGAUCAGUGUAGACACAAAGGUGCCUGCUUGCAUCUGAUCAUGUACGAUCAUGACAUCAUUAAAUCGGACGACUUGGAAGGGGAGACGUUUGUCGCACUGGACGACAUUCCUGGCAUCAAGAAGGCUUUUAGUCAUGACUUCUCAGCUCUGAAGUCAGUGACGUUACCUCUAUUGAUACCUGAGGAGAACAACCACUCCCCAUUCCUCUUGAGUUCGUUAAAGAGCCGUACAACAGACAGUGUAGCACAAGAGUUUGCCAAGAAGAGGUCGCAACUACUGAAGAUUGCCAAAUGAAGCUCUCAAGUGAUACUUUGGACCCCUUGCUUCUUCCAUCUGUGAGUGCCGUAAACUAUUAAUAUUGACAGCGAUUUGAUGCCACGUUGUUGCAAGCCUUGUACUGCUGUCAUUUAGACAUUGAGGCAACAAAGGCGAUUUCCUUCUUGCCCCUGGCUAUUGCAUUGAUGCCCUUGAAAUGCUACAUUAGAAGUUUACAAUGUCCUCAUAGGGUGCCCUUUACCAAGAGAAA